UCUACCCGCCGCCGUAUCAGUGUAUCUACUGUAUCACUGUUCAGUGUUCAGUGUUCACUGAUUAUUAUUUGUUUUCCGACUUAACCGUGUGUUAUACACAUUACACUUUGAGUACUUUAUUUGCAGCUGGCCCGACCGUCGCGUCGGUCGCUUUGGUUUCGUUAAGUUCUAGCGGUCACCGUUUUUAUUAUUAUUUUUAUCAUUAAAGUUAUAGGCUUACCCCGACCCCUACCGUUGUCCUUUAUAUCUGUAUUCGUCGUUUUCGACCCUUUCCGGCAAUCGUUAGCACGGAUUCCCUGUCCGCCGCCGUUUCAAUCAACUAUUAGCGGACAUUCAUAAAUAUUCUCUCGUAAAUUGCGUCAAGUACGAUCGAUGCCGUGUCAAGAGUAAUAUGCCUUUUGCUGAUCGACGGGAUCGUAAUAAGUCAAAGUUGAGCGAUCGUAUUCGCGGAAAAUCCACAGACGAAAUAUUGGAAGAGAUCAAUAGAGAAUUCGGCAACACCGGCGAGAAUAGCAUGUUUUUCGACAAAUCUGACUCCAGGACUUCUCCUACAAGGGAAGAAUUUCCGUUUGAUGAUGACAUGCUAAGAGGUCAUUUGAGUGUCCGUUCGCAUUUAGAAGAUUUAGCCAAAAGACACCCAGAUCUUGCUGGCCAUUUGCGUUGUCCACCUUGGGGAGGUGAACCUAGUUCGAAAAAUUGGAGUCGUAAACGUACUGUGUCUGGAGAAGAUAACGUACCUGAGGGACAAUCAGAUCUUAACCAUAAUUACAACGAUCAAAAUCAAACUGAUUCUAGUCCUGAUAAAAAACGAUUUGAAGAAGACAUGGAUAAGCAAAAUCAGCAACCAUUCGAAAAUAAUUCUAGAUCUCAGGAAAAUGAUGAUAAACCUCAAAGAUUUGUGUCUAAAUUAGAAUUUACACCAGUAAAUCCUAUUAAUAAUCAAUCUGAAAAUAUUCAGCCACAGACACAAACACAACCUCAAACUGAUGCUUCUAUGCCAUCACACGGAACUCAAAAACAACAACCUAAUGUGCGACACAUUCCGAUUUAUGUGGAAGGCCGUUCUGAACCCGUGUAUCCAAAAAAUGUUGAUCAAAGAUUCAAUGAAAAUAAUAGUUCAAAUUUGCCAAAACGAUCUGCUGGUAAACAAACUCCAUUUGCACAUCAUUCCUUCCAUGAUCAAAAUACUGCACAGCGCCGACAAACACCUCCUUCUCAACAUCAUCAGCAAACCCCUCCAAAUGAAACCAGGUCUACUCCUCCACCAAAUUUACGCCAACAAGUAAAACCAAUAGAUGCCUUGGAAAAAGUGCAAAUGGUUCAAGCUGAUGUAGAAGAAUUAGCAGUAGCUGUUAAUCAAUUUUCUGGUUCCUCGCGUAUUGAUAAACAAUAUAUUUAUUUGGAUGAGAUGCUUACAAGAAAUUUGAUUAAGCUAGAUACCAUUGAAACUGAAGGAAGAGAUGAUGUACGUGCGGCUAGAAAAAAAGCAAUCAAAACUAUCCAAGAUACAAUUUCUAUUUUAGAAAUUAAAGCUCCUCAACCUCAAGAAGAAUUGAAAGUUGAAGAAUCAUCUGGAAAUGCAACUGAAACUGUUCCAGUUGAAAAUGAGACUUCUGAAACUGAAAAAGUAGAAAGCAAUAAUUAAAAUGUAAAAACCAUACCAGUAGUUCUUUACAAAGUAUGGUUUAUUCUUAUAAUUUUUAUUUUUUCUGUUUAACAAAAUAUUCUAUAACUGUUGUUCCAAUAUUUCAUUUACCUAUAAGUUCGUCUCUUGUCUGUUAAUACUUUUUUUUUUAACUUGGUUAAAAACUUAGUUUUUGUUAAUUUAAACAUUUUAUCAUAAUAAUUAUAUUCUGUGUGAAGACUGGAUACAAAGAAAAUAAAUAUGCUUAUUUAUUCAAAUUGUCUUUAAGAGUAUAUUUAGUAGAGAAAUCAUAUUUUUAAAAUUACACUUUAAAUUAAUUUUUA